ACGCUGCAUAAUCCCACUCUUCUAUACACAUCUCAAGGUUGAGCGAUCGAUAAAAGCAGUCGUGGUCAUCAUGAGUGCACGCUAUAAUCCCGAUGUCAUGAAUUUCCUCCCAAGGCUGAGCGAGGUGAACAACAUGUUUGUCAACACUCAUCAGAGAAUGUCGUUCACGCUCGCGGGGAGGGUAGAAGCGAUUCAGUUCAGACAGCCCGGCAAUGGUCGCGAUCCGUAUGCAUCGCUUACGAUCAGUGACCCGUGGAGCGCGGACGACAAAAUGACGCAGCUGCAAACAAACACGUUUUUCAGGAGUGGAUUGGUAACCAGCGGUCUAGACAUCAAGGUUGGCGAGUUUAUCUUUAUCCAUGGACUAGCGGUACAACUCAAGAAAGGCUGCUACCAGAGUCACGACAAGCAAGGCGUAAAGUCGGCAAAAGUUGGCUUCGUCGCGGUGCUCCAGGGUUCGAGACUGAUGAUCUGGGACCCUCGAUUGGGCAACACGACGCCCUCGCUCGAGACCCGAAAGAAAAUCACACUCGCGCUGGCGGAGUACAAGCAAUCGUUCGAGCCAGGCGAGAAGAAGCGAUCGUUUGCCGAGAUUUGGGAAGGCCUGGGAGGAGCGAUGACAAAGGAAGCUGUAGGGAAUUACAAGUCCGCGACUGCGGUGGUGCCCCAAGGUACGAGCACCAGACAGUCGGACGAGGAGAUUGAUUACAGCAUCACGGAGCUCACGGAGCUCAAAGAUCUACACGCCAGCAGCGGCCGGAUGUACACCGUCGUCGGCGACCUGCUACGGACUUUUGAUGCCGGGCGCGACAAGGGCGUUGUGUUGACGGAUUAUACCGAGAAUAAGCAGUUUCGGUAUUACGAAAACCCGGGCAUGCCAAGUGGCAGGUACGGCCUGUCACUGAUACUCAAAGGCUCGGCAUAUGGGCAGAUGCAGGUGCAAGGCAUAUCUGAGGGAGACUUCAUUCGGGUCCAGGGGAUCAGGCCGCGGAUGACGGCGUCCGGCGGGGAGUCUGUGCUGGUUGCGGAUGCGAAAGCGGACUGCAUAAUCGAUAGGCUGGACGAGAGGAAGAACGAGGAUCUGCUAAAGAAUCUGCUAAGGAAUCGCGAGGCACUGCUCGGCUCGGCGGUAUCGCAGCCUACACGGACAGAAGCGCCUAGUCUGGACGCGAUGCGCGCGGACUCGCCGACGAAGCAGGGCGGGUCGACGAAUGAGGAGGUGCGCACUCCUGUGCGGUCGGCGAAGCGGAAGGCGCUGGCCGAGCUGGACGAGAAGAGCGCGAGGAUCAGGUCUGAGAGUGCGAGCGAGAGCGAGGUGCCGGUGACGAGUAGUCGUGCGUCGUCUGUGUCGGAGAAGAAUGGGGAUGAUGUGUUUGUUAAAGGAGAGCUGAAGAGCUCGCCGCCUCCGGCGCAGCAGCAGCCGAGCAUGUCUCCUGCGAUCGAAUCAGAAGCGACGGUUGUUGGUAGUGAUGCGGAAGAUAUCGAACUGUUGACGAUCGCCGAUCUACACAAGCGGUACAAGGAGAUGCUAGAGACCGGAGAACGGUAUCGCGUGCGGUGCGUCGUGCGCCGGGCGAUUGAUCCGCAGACGGGAAGCAUAGUUAAGAAAGAGAAUGGGUUGUCGAUUAAGUUGAAUGUGGUGCUGAUAGAUGGUUAUGGCCAGAUCAUGACGGCGUGCCAUACAAACUCAGCAGCCCAGCUGCUAGGCUUCCGACUGCCGUUUGACGAGACCAAGGUUAGUCUGGUAGAGAAACGCUUUACAGAAUUAAAGGAGGAAACGAAGCGGUGCUGCUUCAGACGGGUCAUUGUGACGGUGGAGGCAAUGAAGAUGGAUUCGGGGAAGGAGUUUUAUCAGAUUGUGGAGUGUGUGCGGUGUUGACCUGUGCUCGGGUGUAUAUGUAUUUUUAUCUAUCGCGUUUUCAUCUGCUCUGUUAAUCAGCAAUAAGAAGUGGUGUGUCAAGAUAU